AUGUUCUGGAUCAGCGACAUCUUCGGAAUCAGCGAUGUGUUCGGGGUCAGCGACGUGUUCGGAAUCACCGAUGCAUUCAGGAUCAGCGAUGUGUUCGGGAUCAGCGACGUCUUCGGGAUCAGCGACGCGUUCGGGAUCAGCGAUGCGUUCGGGAUCAGCGAUGCGUUCGGGAUCAGCGACGCGUUCGGGAUCAGCGACGCGUUCGGGAUCAGCGACGCGUUCGGGAUCAGCGACGCGUUCGGUCAGCGAGGUUCAAGCUCGACAGAGGAUCGACACACUCACAUCCUGACAAGGGAUCAGCGACGCGUUCGGUCAGCGAGGCUCAAGCUCGACAGAGGUUCGACACACUCACAUACUGUCAAGGGGAUCGGCGACGUCUUCGGGAUCAUCGAUGCAUUUGGGAUCAGCGACGCGUUCGGUCAGCGAGGCUCGAGCUCGACACAGGAUCAACACACUCACGAUCUGUCAAGGGAUCAGUAA